AAGUCGUGGUUUUCUUUAGUUGUAAGAUAAGUGGCGUGGUAAGGACUAGUCAGCUUAUGGAUGUGUCGAAAUUAAUUUAUAUUUUAAUAAAUACGCAACCAUAGCAACUUAAGUCAUUUUCAAAACGAUCUUUUAAUAAUGUUCUAGGAAAAAAUUCGAAAUUCUAGUAUUCUUAAUAUAGCGAUCACUGGGAGCCUUAAGUAGCGAAUUGAUGUCGCAAUGGGACCGCAGCCCGAGCAACAGCAAAUGCACUUCAGUCCAAAGGUGGACUACAUCCUCAUCCUGGACAAGUUGCGCGAGGACUUCAACAAGAAGUUCGCCACCAACUCUCCCUCACCCAACACGGGCCUGGAUGACUACGAUGUGAAGGCCACCCUGGGAUCCGGGUCCUUUGGCAAGGUGCAGUUGGUCAGAGAGCGGGAGUCCGGCAUAUAUUACGCCUCCAAGCAGUUGAGCAAGGAUCAGAUCAUUAAGACCAAGCAGGUGGGCCACGUGAUGAGCGAGAAGAACGUCCUGAGAUCCAUGACUUUCCCGAACACGGUCAAUCUGAUAGCCUCCUACAAGGACUUUGACAGUCUCUACCUCGUCCUUCCACUUAUUGGUGGCGGAGAGCUCUUCACCUACCAUCGAAAAGUGAGAAAGUUUACCGAGAAGCAGGCUCGCUUCUAUGCCGCCCAGGUCUUCUUGGCUCUGGAGUACCUGCAUCACUGCAGUUUGCUCUACAGAGACCUCAAGCCUGAGAACAUAAUGAUGGACAAGAACGGAUACCUGAAAGUGACUGAUUUUGGAUUUGCCAAGAAAGUGGAAACCCGUACCAUGACUUUGUGUGGAACUCCGGAGUACCUGCCACCCGAGAUCAUCCAGUCGAAACCCUACGGAACCAGCGUGGAUUGGUGGGCCUACGGAGUGCUGCUCUUUGAGUUUGUGGCGGGGCACUCACCCUUCUCUUCCCACAACCGGGAUGUGAUGAGCAUGUACAACAAGAUCUGCGAGGCGGACUACAAGAUGCCCAGCUAUUUCAGUGGUGCUCUGCGUCAUUUGGUGGAUCAUUUGCUGCAGGUUGAUCUCUCCAAACGUUUUGGCAACCUAAUCAACGGCAAUCGGGACAUCAAGGAACACGAGUGGUUCAAGGAUGUGGAGUGGAUCCCCCUGCUUAACCAGACUGUGAAUGCCCCCUAUGUGCCCAACAUCAGCAAUCCGGAGGAUAUAUCGAACUUCGAUAAGGUCUCCGAUAAACCGCGACCCAAGGCCAAGACCAUGCGACAUGAGGAAGCCUUUGCGGAUUUCUAAUCUGUGUUUGACCUGUUAUAGUGAUAGACCUUUUGAUUCCAUUUCGAUUCGGCGGCAAUAGCUAAAUACUCGACUCCAGA